AUGGCUGGGUUAUUUCCUGGUGAGGCUUCACAAUCUGGUGUGUAUGAAGGUGGGUCUUACAAGCUUUCUCAGGACAAUGCAGAAGAAGGUGGUGGCCGUUGGUACUUCUCCAGGAAGGAAAUUGAAGAGAGUUCCCCAUCUAGACUGGAAGGCAUUGAUCUGAAGAAAGAGACUUAUAUACGCAAGUCAUACUGUACAUUCUUGCAAGAUUUGGGCAUGAGGCUUAAAGUUGUUUUGAAAAGCUCACCUAGGCGAGAAGCGAGGCGAGGCGAGCUAAUCUCGCUUGGAGGACCCCAGGCGAAGCGAACGUGA